UUUAACGUGCUGCUGUACUGAUUACACGUGUUUUUUCGAAGCCAUUUAUAGUUUUCUGCUAAAAAAGUGUUAAUUAACAUAAAAUAAUUUCAUUAAAAAUGGCCGAUGUUGUAGAGAAAACCGCCGAGCAGGUUGAGGAAGUUGUCAAAGAAACUCCCGCUCCUGUCGAAGAAAAGAAGGCCGAAGAAGAGGUACCCGUCAAAGAAGCCGCCGCCACCGAAGAAAAUGGCUCGGAUAACGAAAAGAAAAUCAUACAGCAAGUGGAAUACUACUUCGGUGAUGCUAAUUUGAAUCGUGACAAAUUUCUUUUGGAACAAGUUGGCAAAGAUGAAGACGGUUGGGUGCCCAUUAGUGUGCUAUUGACAUUUAAACGUUUGGCGUCUCUCAGCACAGACUCCAAUGUCAUUGCCGAUGCUCUUAUGAAGUCCGACAAUGGUUUGGUUGAGGUCAGUGAUGAUAAGUUGAAGAUCAGACGUCAUCCCGAGAAACCCAUUCCUGAACAUAAUGAGGAGAGACGUAAGGAGAUUAUGUCACGUACUGCUUAUGUUAAGGGUUUCCCCUUGGACACUGAUAUCGAUACAUUGUUGAAAUAUUUUGCCGACUUCGAGAAAGUAUCACAUGUUAAUAUGCGUAAAUAUUUGGAUAAACCCUCGAAAACAUAUAAAUUCAAGGGCAGUGUUUUCGCAACAUUCGACACUAAGGAGCAGGCAGAGAAAUUCAUUGAAAAGUCUGAGCCUGAAUACAAAAAUAACAAGUUGGUCUGCAAGUGGCAAGAAAAGUACUUGGAAGAAAAACGUGAAGAACAAAAAUCCAAAACCAACAAAAAGAAGGAAAAGAAAGAAAAGGAGGAAGAAAGUGCAUUUGUUUUACCAAAACGUUCCGUUUUAUACUUUGAAGGUGCCAAUGAAGAUGUUACCAGAGAAGUAAUUCGCGAGGCUGUUGAAAAAGUCUCCGCAGAUUUCGAUAUUGCCUACAUUGACUUUAGCAAGGGCGAGAAGGUCGGUCAUCUUCGUUUUACCGAAGAAGAUACAGCUGAAAAAUUCUUGGAGAAGUUGGAAGAGAAAAAGCUUAAACUUAAAGAAGACUUAUCUCUCGAAGUACGUACACUCAGUGAAGAAGAGGAAAAAGCUUUCUUGGCUAAAGCUGUUGAAAAUAUGAAAAAUCGUCGCAAUCAUUUCAACCAGAAGAAGGGUGGUCACCAUCAUCAUCAUGGACGUAAACGUCGUGGUGGCAAUAAUGAUCGUCAUGAUGACAAGAAAUCCAGAAAUGAUGAUUAAAUUUCAUUCCCAUUCAGUCUUACCCACCAACCAACAAACACUUUUCAUUUAACACUCCUCCUCCUAACUAUUUUUAUAUAACGAUAUAUAUGUAAUCUAUAAACAAAAUGUGUUUUUCUAUAAACAUAUAGUUUAUAUUAUAAUUAAUUUAUAAUUUAAAUUAACAAAAAAGAGUUGUUUUUAGUUUUGAUGUCUUAUUUUCUCAAUGAAUAUUUUCACUUUUUUCGUGAUGUGUGAAACAAAAUUUUCUUUUUAGAAAAUUAAUGGUUUUUUAAUAUUAUUAAGAAAGUUUUUGGAUCUUUUUUUUAUAUUAAUAUGAGUAUAAAUAUAUGUAAUUGUAUUCUUAAUGAUAAGAAGUUUAUUUUUGUUUUUUUACUGAUAAAAAACAUUUUAUUCAACCACAAAAUAAUAUAUGACUUAAUAAAAAACAGAGUUCUUAUUAAAAAACUAUAAUAA